GGUGGUCCGUUUACCUCCCCCAACCAACAAUUUUCCAUCGCUCAAACCCCCAUUUUCCUGUCCAAUUGCUCAUAACAUGCCCAAGUAUCUAAGAAUUUGUAGUCUUCCCAAACACUAGAAAAAACUCUUUCAAAGACUAGAAAAACCCUCUUUUCAUGGAAACCCCAAAAUCAUCAACUUGUUCUUCUCCAAUUGUUAAGCAGCCAACGCUAACACCAAAAGCCAUAAUUUACCAGAAAUAUGCGAAUAAAGCAAGCUAUAAAAUUGAGGAAAUUCUAGGACAAUCUUCUCAAAAUGGGUGCCCUGGAUUGGCUGUUUCUCAAAAGGGUCCUUCCCUUUUCCGCUGUCACUUGGAACUCCCGGAUUUUUCCAUUGUUUCACAACCCUGUAAGAAGAAGAAGGAAGCUGAGCAGUUGGCUGCAUUAAUGGCUUUACAGAAGCUAGGCAUUGAUUCCCUGCAAAGCAGCCUCACAGAACCAGAUGCAGCAGAAGAGUUGCUCUCUCGUCUCUCAUUUAUCUUUUCAAGUGAGUUCCAGUCAUCACUUCAUCCACUAAGCAGUCAUUUGAAAGCCGUUUCUUACAGAGAGGGUGAACUUAGUGGCUCAAUUCCUGUAUCUGUUUUAAGUGCUUGUGAUGCCAAGCUUGGUAAUUUAUGCAGAUCCCUUGAUGCAAGGAUUGAGUCAAAUCCUUUCUUAUCUAUACCUCUUAUCCUGAGAGCUGCAGUCAGGUUAUCAGAAUUACUUGUUGUAUCAGAGGAAGAUCUUUGGAUCAGGAGGAGGAAUCCUUACCCCUCAAAUGCUAUGCCAGAAUUAGCCAACCAACAGUCGGACGUGACAAAUGGGCCUUUGACAGAGGCUGUAUAUAUUCCAUUUUCACUUAAUAAGGAUGUAAGAACUAUCGGUAUGAAUCUGUCUUUCAAAGGCUAUUACCUUGAUGUUAUUGCCAAAGAGCUUGGUGUUCUUAAUGCCUCAAAGGUCCUUAUCUCUAGGACCAUUGGUAAAGCUUCGUCUGAGUCAAGACUGUAUUUUUCUGCUUUAGAGACGCGUAAUUUUAAUUCAAAGUUGGAGUUGUAUAAUGCAGAAGAGUCUGAUUCUGACAGGUCUUUCAAUAUCUAUGCUAGUUAUUUGCUGGGACAACCUGUUUAUGGUAAUGCAAUUUUAGCAUCAGUUGCAUACACAUGGAGAGGUGCAGAGUUAUUUAAUGAAGAUGUAUCUUUGCGUUCCUAUUUCAGGAUGCUUGUUGCAAGAAUGCCUGAUGGGCUUUUCAAGUUAUCUAGAGAAGCAUUAUUUGUAGCAGAUUUGCCUAGAUUAUUCACCACCAAAACAAAUUGGAGGGGCUCUUUGCCAAGGGAUCUCCUCUGUGCCUUCUGCCGUCAACAUAGACUCUCUGAACCUGUUUUUAAUGUUGUCUGCAACUCAGAUCAAGAUUUGCCUGGACCAUGCAAAAGUCUGGCCAAUGAAAAGUCAAUCAUGGGAUUUACAUCUAAACCUGGAGGGGAUGUGGCCACAUUUAUCCCUAAUCAAAAUGAAGUACAAUCCUUUAGUUGUGAAAUAAAAGUGUUUUCAAAGAAUCGCAAUUUAAUUCUUGAAAGUUCUCCAGUAGAUAAUUUCAUGAAACAGGGGGAUGCAGUGCAGAAUGCUUCUCUGAAAGUUCUUUCCUUUUUGAACCUGUACUUCAAGCAACCAUGUAUUUCUUUGGAGGAGCUGUCUUUACUUGGUGUUAAAUGUAACAUUAAUUGCCACUCGACAUGCUUCUUGAAGGAGUUCUCACUCUGUCAAGUGAUGCACAAGGUUCAGCAGCAAAGUCAUUUACUACGAGGCCACAAAUUAAACUUAAACCACGUAAAUCCAUAUAAUGGUUUGAUUAGCGUUGAGAAUAAACAAUUAAGCAUACAAGGAACAGCGUGUGGAUCAUUACCUUCAAAUGGAUAUCUUGUCUCUAUAAGUUAUAGUGUCUUUUUGGUAUCAGAAGGGAAGAAAAAACAAGAAAUUUUGGAGAAAAGUGAUGAAUUCGAGUUUGAGAUUGGCUCAGGAGCAGUAAUUUCAUGCAUUGAAACCGCUAUUUUGCAGAUGACAGCUGGACAAUCUGUCUGCUUCUACAUGGGCAUGCCACAAUCGGAAGUGGUUUUGGCUGCUUCUAUGAACUCUGAGAAAGUCCUAUCCCUUUUAUCCUCAACUCCUUGCUGCUUGGAAUUCUCCAUCACUUUGUUGCGAUUAACAGAACCUUUUGAAGACAGAAUGGAACAGGCUCUGUUCAGCCCUCCCCUGUCAAAGCAGCGUGUAGAGUUUGCAUUGCAGUGCAUUAAAGAAUUUUCUGCCACUUCUUUGAUUGAUUUUGGGUGUGGAUCUGGAAGCUUAUUGGAAUCCUUAGUUGAUACGCCGAGCUCUUUGGAAAACAUUGUUGGGAUUGAUAUUUCUCAAAAGGGUCUCAUUCGCGCUGCCAAGGUCCUUAAUACCAAACUAGAGAAGCUCGAGGCUGUGAUGCCCAGAUCAAUGAUUAAAUUAGCAGUUCUUUAUGAGGGUAGCAUUACUGCUUUUGAUUCUCGUUUGAGCGGAUAUGAUAUAGGGACAUGCUUAGAGGUGAUAGAGCAUAUGGAGGAAGAUCAAGCAUGCUUAUUUGGUGAUAUUGCACUCGGACUAUUUUGCCCUAGGGUCCUUGUUGUUUCGACCCCGAAUUAUGAGUACAAUGUCAUUCUGCAAAAGUCUAAUCUAGCAAACCAAGAGGAGGAUCCAGAUGAUAAAGAACCACUGUUGUGUAAAUUCCGGAAUCAUGAUCACAAGUUUGAGUGGACAAGAGAACAAUUUAAUCACUGGGCAUCUGGCUUGGCACUGAAAUACAAUUACAGUGUUGAAUUUGAUGGUGUGGGAGGAAUACAAGGUGUGGAACCAGGGUUUGCUUCUCAAAUAGCAGUUUUCAAGAGGAACCAACAGGACCCUCUCAGAGAUUCUGGAUUAUCAGCAGAGACGGAAAACCAAUAUAAGACUCUUUGGAAAUGGGAUGCUUCUGUUUCCUAGUCAGUAAGUAGGGGCCUUACAAUUUUUUUUUAUUUUCUUGUCAAUUGCAAAUAUGUUUGAGGGUUUCACUUUGUUUCAUAACUCAAAGGUCCUUGUCUUUGAAAAGGUUGACUAUCUCAUCCUGCUUCUGUUUAGAAUUACCCAGAACAAUCUUACUUGGGUGAUGUCUUCUAUACUGUGGAAUCCGUUCCCAUAGCAUAGCUAGUUAUUCUGGUAAAAGAAUUGUUCAUAUAUGUGGUUUCGUAUCA